AUGAGCGAUCUUAACUGGUGCACUUAUUGUGACAAAUCAGUCAGCUCUUUGUCUGACUCACUUUACUGCUCUCAAGAGUGUCUCCGUUCCGACGCAUUAAACCACCACCCUUUACUCGGUUACGAUUACGCUGAAUUCAAAGACUUUCCUCGAUCAUCACCAUCACCAGGACUCUCUCCUUCAUCAACCUCGAGCUCAGCAUCAACACCUCCACUUUCACCAGUCCCAUCAUAUACCUUACCAUCUCCCCAUAUCCACCAGUCCCAGUCCCAGACCAAAAUCCAGACCCAGAACUUGAUCCACAGUCUGUCGAAGAAGCAGAUUAUUGAAGAUCGUCUUGGUCGUCUAUCUCCCCCAUUAUUUGAUCUUGGACCCUGCAAACAAACUCUCAUUUACACAAAAUCAUCAUCAACAUCAUCAUCAGCAUUAUCAUCUUCAUAUUCUUCGUCUUCAUCUUCAUCAUCAGCAGUUUCUUUAUUAUCAUCAUCAUCAACAACAAAAGCAACAAAAUUAGUAGCACCAACAGCGGUACGAGGACAAGGACUAUAUAAUGCUCCAAAACGCAGCAUCUUCUUUUAA